AUGUACAGGAAAGGUGGAAUGAAUGCUGCAGCUUUGUUUACCACUUUUCAAAACAGUGACUUGAUCAUCCAGCUUUCUCCAAAGGAUUUGUAUGAAUAUUAUGAACUCAUGAAUGCAGACAUCUUUGAGGUGUUUCGUAGCACGUUGCCCGGCUACCACUGGAGCGAGGACUGUGACUGCUGCCGCCGCAACACCGAGUGCGCUCCCGUAGGAGGCGCCCGGCACCCGGUGCAGCUCAACAAAGACACGGUGUGUGAGCCCUGCCUUGUAGGCUAUUUCUCCGAUGCCUUUUCUUCCACAGAAAAAUGCAAACCCUGGACCAACUGUACCAGUCUUGGACAGAUGGAAGUACGUCACGGGACCAAUAAGUCAGACGUGGUCUGUAGUUAUUCUCUGCCGUCUACAGAACUACCCAAUGAGCCCCAGAUUUUCUUGCCCAGUCUGAUCAUCCUGCUUCUCUUCGUAUCUGUGGCAUUAGUCGCUGUUGUCAUCUCUGCUGUUUACUACCGGAAACAAGGGAAAGCACUAACAGCUAAUUUGUGGCGCUGGGUCAACGAGACAUGCGGCCGCCUAAGUGGAAAUAAGCAGGAACCCUCAGGAAGCAAUAUUAGCCGCACUCCCAUGGAAGCCUCGAGCCAGCGGGAACUUUGCGACGGGGUCCUACUGCUGACCCUGGAAGAGAAGAUGUUUUCGGAAGACCUGUGCUGGCCUGAAGGAGCGGGGAUCUGCGGGGGCGCGUGUGCAGGCUGCGCCCAGGCAGAAGACACCAGGAUGCUCACCUUGGUCAGCGAGAUGGAGGGCGACUCCUUCAAGCAGAUUCCCAUGGAAGACGAGUACGUGGACCGGCCGCCCCAGACCCCACACUCCUUACUGGGCCUCACUGGGCCGGGAAGCAGAUCCACACCCCCUUUCCCGGAGCCCCUGGAGGUGGGGGAGGAUGACAGUUUAAGCCAGGCCUUCACCGGAACAGAGAGCCUGCCCGAUUCCGAAAGCUGCAAUUUGGCCAAGCCCCCGUGCAGGACCGAUUGGAUUCCCAUGUCCUCCGAAAAGUACUUGCAAAAAGAAGUGGAGGGCGGCAACUGUCCCCACUGGGCGGCCUCCACCUCGGCAGAUGGCUGCGCAGGCUGCGGGAACCCUUCUGGGGAGGACCGGGAGCCCUUUCUGGGUUCCCCCAAAAGUGGACCCUUGCCCCAAUGCGCCUACGGCAUGGGCCUUCCACCUGAAGAAGCAGCUGAAGAGGCGGAGGGCGGAGGCCAGCCCUGGAAUGAGGCUGAUGCACAGCCUCCCAGCUCCAGCAGGGGAGGCCCUGGGUCUGGAAGCCCCUCCAGUGAGCAGCCGCCUGCAUCUGGAAAUGUGACUGGAAACAGUAACUCCACGUUUAUUUCCAGCGGGCAGGUGAUGAAUUUCAAGGGCGACAUCAUCGUGGUCUACGUCAGUCAGAACUCCCAUGAGGGCGGGGCACGGCCCGGGAUCGGCCUGCACGCGGCUCCAUGCGGUACAUCUGUGUCCAGUUACCUGACAUUCUCCACCCACCGUGCUAUUCGUUGAAUCGGGGCUUUUUAAAAACGCAAAUGUGUUUUCACCACUCACUGGCGUGCAGUCACAUACCAGCUGAUGACUCAGGUACACGUCGCUCUAAUUCGGUUGCUCCACGUUUUACUCCCUUUUAUGGUCUUCCUCCUACCCUCCUCCCUCCCAAUACCCGUUAUCAUUUCGUCAGUAGUCUGUCUCUUUAUGACAUGUUUUUAUGGCGGUCCUGUUGUAUUGGGUCUGUGCUUUUCCCCUCUUGUAUUUGUAUUUCACUUAAUCUCAUAACACUUUUCUUGAUAGCCCUCACCUCCACCCCACCCCACCCACAUACUUUUUUUUUUUUACUAUUUAAGGAUUUUUCUUGAAUUCUCCCAAGGGUGAUGGUCUUUGUGUAUUAUCUGUUGCUCCCCUUCUCACAAGUACCUACCUGUGUUUCGGAAAUGCCUGGGGUGAGGGUUGAGGAGGUGGGGGGAGUGUUGGGGUCUGUACUAAGCACUUUGGGGAAAAGGUAGAAAUGUGAAGCCUGGAGGAAGGCUCAGGGAACAAGUGGAGGGACUUUUCGUUUUUGAAAACAUUUCUGAAUUCCCAUUUUUCUAAAAGAGGGAAAAGGGGAAACUCCUUUUCUCCUCUGAAUGUUUUUAUGUUUUGUCCAUCGUUAGGCAGAACUGAGCUGUAGUGUGCAUCCUCCUCCCCUGCACCCUCCCCAAAUGUUCAUCCCUGGGAGGAGUUUAUUUGCCCCUUCCAGCAGAGGCAGCCAGGUCCUGCUGUAAAUACAUCCCUAAAAAUGCGGGCUGCUGCAGCUUUGCAUUCUUAUUCUUGAUGUCUCUCGGGGGAAAAGAUGUGGAACUGAAUAGGGCUCAGGGAUAGCCUGCACAGAGUGAAAAGAUGGCGCUAGGGAAGCUCAAGAAAGAAAGCAAGCAUCAAGUUGAAAGUUAAUAUGCAUUUUCUUUCUCUGGACCAGAGUGGCAUAAAUGCAUUUAGGCAACAGGCCUUAUAUUCUUCAUAAGUAGAACUUAGCCUCACAGAAGUGGAAGACACUCCUGCUAUUUUCCAGUGCAUUUCAAUUAAAAAACAAAUCCUCCUCUGGUGGAUUGAAGAAACUGUAUCAUAUAGGUAGUAUUCUCUUAGCAUCAGUCCUCUUGUUAGGAAACAUACAGUGUGAGUCAGACUGAAGGGAGUUACCUGGGUUGUUCCAUCUGUUGUGGUCAAUGAGUACUUGUUCUCAAAUACUAGAGCAAAGUUAAAAUACCUAAAAUUAAUUUUGCAGGUCUGAUAGGUUUUCAGAGCGCUAACCGUGGUCACUGUCCACACUCUAAUGGCCUGGCUAAAGGGAAUGGCCACUGAUCACGGGUUUCUCCCUACUGAUUGUAGUUCUCUUGGAAAUGCCGCAAUAGUAGCAGUCAAUUAUGAUUUUUAAUGGAGAAGCAGAGGGGGGCUUUAUAAUUUAUGGGAUUCCUUAGUGGAUGGAAAAAAUUGCAAGAAGAAACUGCCAGGAUGAUCAGUUGGUGGGAAUUUACUGUCUGUUCUGCCCUUUUAGUUAACAUUCAUCCAAAGAGAUGUUAUAAAAUGGGAAAAGCCAUUAUACCUUUUGAGAUGGAAUAUAUUAAACAAAGUAGAGUUCACAAAGUAGAAUGCUGAGCUAAAAACCCAAGUUUCCGCCGUGACUGUCAUCAUCCCACUGAUAUUACUUUACCUUUCUGUGCUUUCAUUUUUCUUCCUAGGAAAAGGCACUAAUGAUAAUUUUUGACACUCUCCCUACCCAGAGAUAACAAAGGAUGCGCUUCUUACAAAAAGGGUGCUAAACAAUUAAGAAUCUACUUUCAGAGAAAGGUAGUAUUCGCAUUCUUUCCCACACUGACCCCGACUAAUUCUGUAUUGACCCAAAGACAAUUCAUGAUAGGAAAUGUAUAGCAAUUGUAAGUCUGCCUCUGUGUAUUAUAGAGAUGUAUGUGACAAAUGUAAAAAGAAUACAAUGAAGACAACAAUGAAAACUUGUUUGGGGGAAUGUGAUAAAGAGAUUAUUAAAUGUAAUAUUUGACCAUA